GCAUUGACUAUUGCCACCGUUGCAUUCUGCCAACUUUUCCGGGUUCCUGGCUGAGUCCGUCGCAAAAACGAUACUGCGUCGUCACACAAGAUGAUUUUAGCAUUUUUUAAUUUUGCUGCUAAACAACGAUUGUGUUGCACUGCGUUGAGUUUGGCUGGAGUCUGGAAAACCCCACUAGCUGUCCUUCUUCGAACUCGUUUUUGCGACGGACUCAGCCAGGAACCCGGAGCAGUUAUCAGAUUGCAACGGUGGCAAUAGUUCCGAUCUGCACUUAGUUUCCCCGGUGGAUUCCAGCGGUAAUCCUUCCCCGUUACUUGAGGAAAUCGAUCGCACCAUCGAUCUGCUGCAGAAUAAGAAACGCAAACUGGAAGCCAGGAUUUCUUUCUGAAAAAAUGUCGCAUACAACGAACCCAUCUAAUCCCAUGAAACCGCAAGGAACGGCGCGCACCAGCGAAAAUAUUAGCAGUGAUUACCAUGAGAUGAUCAUUAAACUUGAUCCCGUUUCGGCAUCCCUCUACAAAAGCGUCUGGGAAAAAGGAGUUGCCAAAGAGAUGUUGAACAGUUUCGGUAUUGGUGCUAAGUUCGAAAAUUGUGAACUGGUGUCUGCUGCUAAACACCGCCUUAUGGACGAAGAGGAGGGUAGUGUCCUCCUGACCAUUAACUUGUGGGGAAAUCAAUCGGCGAUGAACACGUUGAUUUGGACUUGCAACGAACUCUUAGAGAAAAAGGGAAUUAAGAUUCAGUCGAUCGAACACUGCCCGGACGCCGACCCGCGAUCGACCGGCUCUACGCCUGCUAGCAGCCGCAAAGCCGAGGAGCGUGGGCCCGGCAUGGUCUCCGGAAGUGGCUUCCCACUGCAACAGCCGUCAGGCCAGCCGAGUGGUAUUGGUCCCGACCCGUUGGCCGCGAUGGGAAUGCUGGUGGCUCGGAUCGGGUCCACGCCGGCCCAACCGACCGCUGCUGCGCCCGGGCCCGUGGAGGACGACGAGGAAGACCCUGCCUGACCGCUCCAUCCGGACAAGGCCUGUCGAUGACGCCCCCAAAGACUGCGCAGUAUUUUCGUAUAUGUUUUUUCUACUUUCGUAAUCAUGAUCUUCAAGCGAAGUGGGUUCUUGUAACUUGUUGACUAAUAAUUCGGGUCAAUGCGGCCGCUCAAUCGGAAUGUUUUGAAUGUUUCUCGCUGUGGAACGAGGAAACUGAUCGAAAGCAAACUGUUCCCAAUAAAAUUUUAACCGUA